CAACAAUUAUUUAAGACGAAUUUUUAUGUGAGAAAAAAAAAACUUGCCAAAGAUAAUUUUAUAAAAUAAGAUUUUAUAAACAUCGAGUAAAUGAGAAUUAUUUGCAUAACACAAAUUAAGAACAAAAUCAUUGAGAAAAAAACUGAAAAAAUCAUUUAAAAAAAUCAAGACAAGUCAUACAUAACUACAAAAAUAAAUAUUUAAUAAAAACCAAAACAAAAUUUCAAAAAAAAAUAUUGCAACAUUUAAAACUAACCAAGUGAAUGAGAAUUACAACCCAUAAGCAACACACAGCAGCUUUACAAUUAGCCACCAAACACACAACUUAAUGCAACUGGGCAACUAACAAACCAAAGAAAUUUUAAAACUCUUUCCAAACAACAUCAAACAUUAAUUGAGAGCGGAGAGAAGUCUAAAGAGAGCUUUAGAAAGAGAGAUACUUUGGAAACUCUGUUCAAACAACACCAAACCUCAAUUGAGCGGGGAGAAGUCUAAAGAGAGCUUUAUAGAGAGAGAGAGAGAAAACUCAAAUAAAUCAAUGGAAUUUUAUUAAAAGAAACAAAUACAUAAAAAAAUGUUCCAAUUCUUUUUAGAACAACUUUGAAAUUCUCUGAAAUUUGAAGUCUGAAGUCCUGAAAUCCUAGAAGGAAAAAAAUCCGCAAUUAGGAAAAAGAAAAACAUCGAAAAGCUUUGAAGUCCAACCUAAAAGAGCCAUCACAAAAAAGGUAUCUCAGACGAGAUAUACAAUCCUGAAGACAAACUCAACAUUUGGCCUUGGAAACGCAGCUAAAGGAGAUAUAUCUGAUCUGAAAAGCUUAAAUAAUUUGUCAAAAGCUCUUUAAAAUACCAAAAAAAGGAAAGCUCUUUAAGCUUAAGUAUGCUCUAAGCAUUAAAUUGCAGCUAAAAGAAAAUUAAAAAAGCUUUUUUUUUUGAAAGAGAGUGGGAGAAGGCUCCGAAACAAUAAAAUCAACACUCAAGUUCGAGAGAAGUGGGAACUUUGCAAAAGCUUUCGCACUAGACAUCUAAGUUUUUGUUUGAUCCCCAAAAGGAACAUCCUUGAACAUUUCGUCCCGUCAAAAAUCAGCCGUCAAGUUCGUACCUUGGAAGGAGAGAGAGAGAGAAAAAAAAAAAACUUUCAAAAGCUCAUAUACGUUACACGUUAAGGAAAAAUCAAAGCAUUUACAUACAUUUGAAAAGAGGAAGGUCCGAUCAAUUCGUCCCAUCAAAAAAUCAGCCGCCAAGUUCGUGCCUCGGAAAAACAGGGAGAGAGAGAGUAAACUCGAAAAAAAAAACUUUCAGAAGCUCACACGUGUAGCAAAGAAAGGAAGGUCUGAUCAAUUCAUCCCGCCAAGAAAUCAAGCGUCCAAUUCGUUGCUCAGAGAGAAAACAGAGAGAUAGUGAAAGACAGGAAAAAGAGUUGCGGAAUUUAAAUUAAUUCUGAGAAUUAAUAAAAAGCUUCGAAAACAUUCGCUUUUUUCCCAAAAAGAUAACUCAAAACAAGCUAAAGCGUCCAAUUCGUUCCUCAGAGAGAGAGAGAGAGAGAGAGAGAGAGAGUUCCAGAGCAGCCAAAUCUUUGAGCAAAUUGAAAAGAAAGCAUUCAAAAGCUCUUUCACCACACGGCAGAAAAGUAGUAGUAUUUCCUUUUAACGAAACACAGAAAUCUCUGAUCAUUUCGUCCUAUCAAAAAAUCAAACGUCCAAUUUGUUACCCGAGAGAGAAAGAGAGAGAGAGAGAGAGAGAGAGGAGAAGUGAAAAUAAAUAUAAUAGAGGAGAAUAACUAGUUCUUGGGUUGCCAAGAAAUUUGAGUAAAUCCCAAAAAGCUAACGAAAGCUUCCAAAUUCUACAAGGAGAAUAAUCGUCCGCAGAGAGAAACCGGUGGUCAUUCGGCGGUUUCGAAAAGAUAACUCAAAACAAGAGAAAGCGUCCAAAUCGUUCCACGGCAGAAAAGUUGAGGUAUUUACUUUCAACCAGACAUCUCUGAUCAUUUCGUCCUAUCAAAAAAUCAAACGUCCAAUUCGUUACUCAGAGCGAAAAGAGGGAGAGAGAGAGAGAGAGAGAGAGAGGGAGGAGAAAGGAGAAUAAAUAGAUCUUGGAUUGCCAAGAAAUUUGAGUAAAUCCCAAAAAGCUAUCUAAAGCAUCCAAAUUGCACAAGGAGAACAUUCGUCCGCAGAGAAAGAAAUCGCUGAUCAUUUCGCCCUCCUAAAAACCAACCAUCAAAUUUCAGGUGGAAAACAAUUCGCCGAGAUUAGCCGAAGUUCAAAUUGGCAGAACUUAAAAUUUUUCGGAACGGAAAAAGCUUUAAAGAAAAGCUUUUUGCCUUAAAAAGUGAUUUUUAUUCUGAAACUGAACCGUUUCGAAAUCUAAACACCCAAUCGAUUCCAAUUUCCUAACAGGGAACAAAGGGAACCUCAGUUUUUAGUAGAAGUUAAGAGCUUUAAUCUCUUCAAAACAUCUGUUCAGGCAGCUUUUAAAUAAACCAUUCAGAAAAAAAUCCGAAAGUCUUCCAAUUUCGUCCUAAAAACUUCCAAGUCCCUGCCAAAUAACUAAAACACCCUCAAACUUUCCCCAAAACUUCUUGGAACGUAAUCUUAACCAUUUCCCGAUCCGCACCUCAAUCUCAUCACAAUGCAAACCAGUAGCCGAGUGGAACCCACCACAGCCGAAUUGGCCGAGAGUCGAAAACUUCUUCACCGCAUACUGCUCGAUCUGCUGAUCGUCAUUGUCCUCGUCAUACCCAUUGCUGUGUGUGAAUUUGCCAUUGAACCAUUUCGUCGGGGAUUCUUUUGCGAUGAUGAAACCAUACGUUAUCCCUUCAAGGAUAAUACAAUUACUCCUGUGCUGUUGGGUGUAAUUCUGGCGGUGCCUACCUUCCUUAUCAUUGGCAUCGGUGAAUAUGUGAGGCAAUAUAAAAAGGGCACCAUCAGUAAUACCAGAUAUUUGUGGGGUUGCCGGAUACCCAUUUGGUAUUGCAAUAUUUUCAAACAAUUGGUCUAUUUUGCUUUUGGUCUCCUGUUGACCUUUGAUGCCACGGAAUUGGGUAAAUACACCAUUGGCCGUUUGAGGCCUCAUUUUAUGGCCGUUUGCCAGCCCCAGUUUUCGGAUGGUUCAACUUGCGCGGAUUCCUUCAAUCAACAUCGUUAUGUGGAGAAUUAUUUUUGCCUAGGCACGGGUUUUACAGCAGCCGAUGUGCGCCAGGCCCGACUCUCCUUCCCCAGUGGCCAUUCCAGUUUGGUAGUCUACAGCAUGGUUUAUGUUGCCCUAUAUCUGCAAAAACGCAUGCACUGGCGCAGAUCGGAUUUGACCAGACAUUUCAUUCAAUUCACCCUAAUUAUGGUGGCCUGGUUUACCGCCCUCAGCCGCAUCAUGGACAAUUGGCAUCAUUGGUCCGAUGUCCUGUGUGGCUCUCUGAUUGGUGUUGUGGCAGCUUUAAUUACCGCCAAUUAUAUAAGUAAGUUUUUCAAAAAACCCCAUUCCGAGUUGGCCACGUUGCGACUUAGCGGUGGUCUGGCCAGGCAGGAUACCUCGGCCACACUCAAUGAGGUGUUGGCCCAUACACCACCGCCCUAUACCAUCGAUUCGGAGGCAGCAGCGGCGCCUGAUUUUACAAAUGAUCAAUACUGCACCAAGGUGUAAAGGGUCCUUGGCGGAAUCGAGCUUUAAAGCUUUGUAAAUAUGUUAAUUUUUGUUAAAUGAAAACUAAAUAGUAGCUAAGCUUAAGUUAUGCACAAAACGAAAAGCUUUUGUACCAAACACUCACACACAACCACAUUCCAGCUGUUUAAUGCAGAACACAUGUCUCAUAGUAUUAUUAAG